AUGGUCUUCACACUCAAGAAUCUUGGCCUCGCACUCCUCCUCGCGCCCCUCGCCGUCCUCGCCGCGCCGGCCUCCCUCAAGACGCGCCAGUCCAUUACGACCCUCACGGCCUCCCAGGUCAACGCCUUCACGCCGUACGCCUUCUUCGCCAGCGCGGGGUACUGCACGCCCGCAACGACGCUUGCCUGGGACUGCGGCGCAAACUGCGCCGGCGUGCCCGACUUCAAGCCCAUCGCGUCCGGCGGGGACGGCUCUUCGGUUCAGUUUUGGUACGUCGGGUUCGAGCCCUCGCUUAACUCGAUCGUAGUGUCGAACCAGGGCACGAACACGUCCUCCAUCGUUGCGCUCCUCACGGAUGGGGACAUAAUCCUCGAGAACCCGGACUCGACGCUCUUCCCCGGGCUCGACUCGUCCAUCGAAGCGCACAAUGGCUUUUUGAGCGCACAUGCGAAGACCGCAGCCCAGAUCCUGUCCGCAGUGCAGACGGGCAUGUCGCGUUUCGGGACGAACAGCAUCACGCUCACGGGGCAUUCGCUCGGUGCCGCCAUCUCGCUCCUCCACGCCGUGUACCUGCCCCUGCACAUCCCUUCGGCCAAGAUCACCUUCGUCGGCUUCGGCCUCCCUCGCGUCGGCAACAAGGCGUUCGCCAACUACCUCGACGCGCACACCUCCGUCGCCUCUGUGACGCACAUCAACAACAAGGAGGACCUCGUGCCCAUCCUCCCGGGCAUGUUCCUCGGCUACCACCACCCGUCGGGAGAGAUCCACAUCCAGGACUCGGGCGCGUGGGACACGUGCCCCGGCCAGGACAACGAGAGUGACCUGUGCACGACUGGGGAUGUGUCCAACAUCUUUGAGGGGGACGAGAGCGACCAUGACGGGCCCUACAACGGCGUCGAGAUGGGCUGCUAG